UCUGUUUCAAUCUACGUGCCUUAUGAUGAGUAUUUUUUGAGACCCGCUAUCAGUCUGACUCAAUUGAACCUGAGUCUAUAAUCACAUAAUCGCCGAGGAGGCGAUAGUACAUUUGUUGAGGUUUCGCGGUAACGUGUGCAGCUGGUCAGAAUCAGUUCGAAAAAGUCAGUCUCAGAGAGGAGAACACACCGGGGAAGCCGCGGAAUACACUUUACCAGGACAUAAAAGGACUACCGGAAUGCGUCGAUCUGUGUUGCUGCUCUUUAUCUUCGCCAUUGUGCUGAGUGCGGCACUUACUCUGCCCUCAAAUCGGAGGACAGACCCUCUAUUGGAGCAGCAGGAUGCGAACGAUAGUGUGGACAGCUCGUUGGAAUUCUCUUCGGAGGAGGAACAGAAAGUGAUUGUGGACUCCCAGGAACCAGUGGAGUCGGGUGUCAGAAGGCGCAGGUCAGGUGCACGGUACAGGAACUUAUAUCUCCUGUCAUUGAUUUGCCCAAAUGCUGACUUCAGCGAUUUGGAGAAGGGCAGUACCCUAAAUUCUAAAAUUGAAAUAUAUGAUAUGUAUGCGAUUUGUGAUACUUUACCCAGGGUCAGGUUUUCCAAAAUAAAUUAAGGCAACUGAACUUUCAAAAAUUCAAAAA